UUCGAUUCGUCGUUUGGCUUGGGGAACGUGCCCCCCAUCUGUUGUAUUCUCGUUCUCUCGAGAGAUUCUGGCUUUCUACUGACAAAAAAAAGGCUUCUGGCUAACCGUCAUGGCAGUGUCCGUACAUGAACCUCCCCCCUCCUCCCUCUCCUCUUCUCCUCCCCGUUCGCUUUCUUUCUUUUCUAACAACAACUACGCGGCUCCUGCCAAUCUACAGCAGGUCCACGUGGUCCACGUGGCAGCAGCGGGGAAUGGAGCGCCUGGCAUCGAGUCGUUAGCAGCGAGAGGAGGAGGAGGAGGAUUGCAGACAGCAGCAACUGCAGAACCUGAAGCGGUAGCGAUGCUAGGAGGAGGAGGAGGAGGAGGGAGAGCGGGGGGAGGUGGAGGCGCACCGAUCCCCUUGAUUCGUGCUAAUGGAAUCACGAUGGCACUUGCCUCCGGUGCCAAGCACUCGCAAUAUCCAUCUUCUCCGACAGUGGUGGUCCCGGGUUCGAGGUUCGCCGUUUCGGAUACCCUAAAGUCGCCUUCAGCAGCGGAGACAAGUGUCGCAGGGGCCAGAGCUCGCUUGACCCGAUUGAUGGAUAUGCUUCUGAAGAUUGUUGCAGUUAUGCUUCUCGGCAUCUUCCUGCUUCAUGUACUGUUCGAUCAAUCGCAAUUGGGAGUGGGAGGGGAUGAUUCUCUGUCCUCAACGAAGGGCAUACCUCAUCUGGGGGAUUCUGCUGCCGUUGGGACUAGCGCAAGCACUUCCGCGGCGAGCAAGCCUAGGGUGCUAAUUGUAUCUGCCAGCCAAUCAGAAUGCGGGACCGAGAAGGGGGACAACGACAUUUUGAAAUCCUUGAAGAACAAAGCGGAUUACGCGCGGCGUCACAGAAUGGACACGUGGUUCUCGAUGGAGUUGUUGGUGGAACCGCAGUUCCAUCGCCUGCGCAACAAGAUCGUGCUGCUCAAGAAGAUCCUGCUCACCGAGCCGAACUAUGAUUGGUACAUGUGGAUUGACUCGGACGCGAUGUUCACGGACAUGAGCUUCGAGAUCCCGUGGGAGCGGUAUCGCGAUCGCAGUGUCGUUAUUUUUGGCAACGAAAAGAGUCUGGAUACUGACCCCGAUUACCACGAGUCGAUAAACAUGGGGGUGGCGCUGCUGCGCAACGACGCGUUCACGCGCGCGCUGCUCGAUCGAAUGGUCGACUUCUGGGCUGAAAAUAGCAAUCAGACCGAACUCACGGCGAAGGUGUCCCGACGGAUAAAGCGCCUGCCGCCGUACGUGUGCGACCAAGGCACGGCCUUGUAUUUGUUGUUGACGGAGCCGGAAAAGUGGCGCCGCGGCUUCUUCUUCGAGCUGAACUACGGUCUCAACCGCUACUGGAAGGAGGUGGCGCCUCAUCUGGAGAAGUACGACGAGGGAGUAGUGGAUGCAGACGAUGGUGGUCCCACGUGGAAGGGCGACGGCUUAUCUCCGCCGUUCAUCACGCAUUUCUGUGGCUGCUCCUUGUGCUGGAAGAAGGUGUUCGACGAUUUCGAGGAGUGCCAGCGUCAGUAUGAACGCGCCUUCACCUUCGCCAACAAUCAAGUGAUCAAGCCUCUCGGUGUCAAGCACCGGAAUUUGACUUCCCCUGAAGUUGUAAGCCUAUCAGCUCAAUAGAGAACACUCAGAAGAACAGUUGCCACGUAAGUUGUGUAGUGCAAGGAAGAAGAAGAAGAAGAAGAAGAAGAAGAAGAGAAAGAAGAAGAAGAAGAAGAAGAAGAGGGGGCAUGCAUGCAUGGAUGCAUGCUGACAAUAAUAAGUUUUUUCUUGAGGCGUAUUUGAGCGCAUUUGCGGGCACAUUCGGUUCGACAAAGGGGGGAAUGAAAUGCGAAGUAAAAGCGGGCUAUUUGCGGAAGUAGUCGGGGGACAAGCGUGCAUGCUCCCAGUAGGUUCUUCUUGAGUCGUAUCUGACCGCAGUUGCAGCUAGAUUCGGUUCGGAAAUGCGCGACGAAGUCGUCAAGGCUCUGGGUGUGAAGCAUCGGAAUCUGACCUCCGCGGAAGUGGAAAGAGUAUCAACUUUGAAGUGAAUAAAACUCCGAAGGCGUAUAUGGGCAGUUGCAGCCAGAUUCGGUUCGGAAAUGCGCGACGAAGUCGUCAAAGCUCUGGGUGUGAAGCAUCGGAAUGAUGGAAUCUGACCUCCGCGGAAGUGGAAAGAGUAUCAACUUUGAAGGGAAUAAAACUCGGAGAAUGUUUUUCUUGAGGCUGGACAAGCGGGAAGAAGAACGGUAUGGCGCAUGGCUCACAGUGAGUUUUUUCUUGAGAUGUACCUGACAGCAUUUGCAGGUCAGAUGCGGUUUGAAAAAACGCGAUUGUGAGUGUGGCCGAGGCCCGAAGGCGAUCUGUGAUAUAGGUAGCGUGGUCUGGUAGAGCUUACUCACACCGCGGCUUCGCUGGACUGAUCUGAUCGCAAGUAUGGCUUAUUCUCGAUCUCUUAUCUGACUAGAAUUACGUGAAAGUCAAAGAGAGAGAGAGAGAGAGAGAGGGAUCUGACCACAAGCAUUCUGCACGCGCAAAUGUCAAAUGUGUUUUGGAGUUGCGAAAACAUCAGUCUGAGAUUCUCUUCUGUGUUCCGCCAAAUAGAAAACUUCCGCCAAACCGAAAACGCUAGGCGUCGUGAAAGCCCGCGUGCGCGCGCGAAAGAGAGAGGGGGAGAGAGAGAGAGAGAGAGAGAGAGAGGGAGUUGUUAAAGCUGAUAUGUACAGUCUCACGAUGGCUAGGCUUUCUGUUCGGGGGAAGGUGAGGUGUGUGACUCCUGCGCGUAUCGGAGCUUUUUUUUUUAUUUCAAGUUUUCUGCGCUCUUUGCGGUUUGUUUGUGUGAACGACUUCAUUUUGCAAAUUGUCACUUACUGAUCGGUAAUAAACGGUGCUUAACGAA